AUGCUAGGCAGGCUUCAAAAUUAUGCAAGUGGGUUAGUUUCUAAAGCAAAUCUCCUAUCAUCAAAAACUUUAUACUAUGGUAAGGUCGGUGCCGAAAUUUCAAAGCAGAUUUAUUUAAAGGAGGGUCUUCAACCACCAAAUAUAGCCCAGAUUAGAUCAGUAUAUUCGAACAUUUACAAGCAGAGUCUUAACUUUGUCCUGAAACCCACAGAAAUUUUGUCCUUCUUGAAGAACGUUCAAAAAAACGAGUUAUUAAAAUAUGGUGCAUAUGGUAUUCAGUUAAUAGGGUUUUAUUCUGUUGGCGAAGUGAUUGGAAGAAGAAAGUUGGUGGGAUAUAAGCAUCAUUAG